AUGCCCGACGAGGCGCUGCUGUCCGAGCUGUGCAGUCUCUGCUACGCGGAGACGCCCAAGUAUCGUUGUCCAAGGUGCAAGACGAGGACUUGCUCGCUACCAUGUUACAAAAAGCAUCAACAGCGGGCUUCGUGCAACGGGAAGCGCGAUCCAGCAGAGUAUCUGAAGAAGAGGGAGCUUGCUACGCCCGCCGGCAUAGAUCGUGAUUACAACUAUCUCAAAUCGGUGGAACGCGACAUCGAACAUGCCAACAAAGAUUCGAAAGAUCGAGGCAUUACCGCCAGGCUAUCCAAAGUGGCACGUCGCAAUCUGAUCGAGGACAGCAACUUUCAAAAGUACUUGAUCGAGCACAACAUCGAAGUGCAACCAGCGCCUCGAGGCAUGAGUCGGCAGAAGAGUAACCAGACACGCACCACGAACAAGAACAACACUCUUUGGACUGUCGAAUGGAUUGAUGUAGCCGGCGUCAGCAACCUGCGUCAUGAUUGCAUGGGAUCUGAGAGCAUACGCGAUCUUCAUACUGCCGCGAAGCGUGCAUUACGCCAGGCUGAGAAGCGUGGCCGUACUGGCGACGCAGCGAAAGCUCCACUAAGCAAGAAGCGCAGGAGUCAGCAGAAGGCCCCCGAAACGAUGACGGCCAGCAAGCUACCCGGAGACAGUGUCGUGGACGCUGAUCAGAGCAGAAUCUCGGACGCUGCGAAGCCGGGAGCUGAUGAGCCAAGUCCGGCAGCGGUCUCUGAACAACCUGUGGCACAAGCGAAUACUGCCAAGCAGUCAUCUGGUACCGUUCAGCGGGCUGACGAGAAUCAUCACUUCUAUCUAUUGAAGCCUGCCACCGCAGUGAGCUCGAAAGUCCUGGUCCCACUGGAUGCACAACUGUCUCUCACGGAGACUUUACGGGGCCAAACAGUUCUGGAGUAUCCCACGAUCUAUGUUCUGUCCCACGCACCGAAUGCCUUACCAACAGGGUUUAUGCUGGAGGAGCAGUACACUCAACUUCGGAAGCGAGAAGACGACGAACUUCGAGAAGCUAUGCGCAAAGCUGACGAGAAUGGCGUGCCUGAUCGCGCGGAUGCCGGCCCCAGCAGUGCCAAAGUGGACCCUAACAAGAUUCUGGACAUGCUGAAACGAGACAUUUCCAGAUGA